AUGCCGCCCGACCAAGACGGCCUACCAACCCCCACAGUCCCCCACUUCCAUGCCCAGUCCACCUCCCCCUCGGCCUCGGCCGCACCGACGUCGGACGUCUCGCUGAGCAGCACGACCAUCGUCGCUCUCGGUAUGGGGUUUAUCGGCGCGGCCCUGCUCGUUGUAGGUCUCACAGUCCUCCUACGCGUUGGAGCAGUUGCGCGCGCCGUACGACGCGAGCGGGCGCAGGGAGAGGACAUCACCUUUAGGACAAUGUGGCGGCGGUAUGGCGGGGCGUGGGGGCUGUUGUUUGCGCCCGCGCAGGACGACCAGUGGACACCAGUGAGGGUGCGGCGGCGCAAGGUUGGACCAACACCUAAGAUGUGGGAUGUGGAUGUUGCCAAAUUGAAGCCAGAGGAUGAGUUUGAUCUCGACAGCGAGGAGAGCCAGCCACUCGCAGCUGCGCCAUACUAUGCCCCAGGGGCUAGCGUACCGGAAUGUGCGUUCUCCGUGCUCGUUGUCAUGCCUACCCCACCACAUCCACCACCCUCACCCGACAACGACGACGAACCAUCCCUCCCAGACAUCAUGCUCGGAACCACACACCUCCAGCCCACAAUACCCCUCGCAGACGCAGGGAUCAAGGACGACGCCGAGUCGGAGAAGGGCUCUGAAUUCGAGUACGUCGUUAGCGCCAACGACCUGAUGCGCGCCCGCUCGCGGCGAGAGGUGCACUGGACUACCGUGUGGGGCAUGGAUGCUAGCGGGCGCAUGUGA